GCGAGGAAGAAGAUCAGGCGGGUCGUCGGGAGAUUGCGCCGCCGUCGCUCCUCCCUCGCCUUUGAUGGGAAUCCCGUUUCAGCUCCAAGCCCAACAGGGAUUACAGCAAGGGAGAGCCAUACUAUCAGAAACUAAAAUAAUGAUUAAAAAGGAAUCUACUCCAUCUGAACCUGCCGGGGGGCAGCCCACCAAAAACACAUCCAAUCCGUUGAAGCCAGCCAUGCCUGCAGCUGCCAAGGUGAAUGCUAUGGUUGGUAAUAGAACGUGGUUUGGAGGGCUUUUCAAUGGCUCGGGUAAAAGGCGACAAGUCAAUGCAGACAAGAACUUUGAAAUGACCCCGAUUCAGGAACAAAGGUUGCAAAAGUUGAAGGACAGGCUAAACAUACCUUAUGACGAAACUCGACCGGAUCAUCUGGAAUCGCUUAAAACUCUUUGGAAAGUUUCCUUUCCCGAUACAAAGCUCACUGGCUUAGUUUCAGAACAGUGGAAAGAUAUGGGGUGGCAGGGCUCAAAUCCAGCGACUGACUUCAGGGGCAGUGGAUUUGUCUCGCUUGAGAAUCUUUUAUUUUUCUCCAGAAGAUACCCGGCUGCUUUCCAGAGGUUGUUACUGAAAACACAAGGUUUGCGGGCCACAUGGGAAUACCCCUUUGCCGUCGCAGGCGUUAACAUUUCACACAUGUUGAUUCAACUGUUGGAGCUUAAUUCAGCUCGGCCGAAAUAUCUGCCGGGGAUUAACUUCGUCAGAAUGCUCUCAGAGCACGAAGAAGCGUUCGACAUCCUCUACUGUAUAGCUUUCGAGAUGAUGGAUGCUCAGUGGCUAGCGAUGCGUGCCUCCUACAUGCAGUUCAAUGAUGUGCUAGAAGCAACCAAGGCCCAGCUGGAGAGGGAGCUAUCUCUGGAGGAUCUCCACCGGAUCCAGGACCUGCCAGCUUACAACCUUUUGUUUAAAUAGUCUAAACCUGGAAAAUGUUCAGUUGCUUCUCUCCUGUAUAUACCGCUGGAACAGGCAAUUUUGCUACAAAAAUCUGCAUGUUUCCACCAUCACAGCCCGACAUGUAGAAGUAUGUUAUCGCUGAAGAGAUGAUAUGUGUACGAUA